UUCAGUAACAAGUCAGUGUUGAGUAGAAAGACAUAUUAUCCCCUCCCACUUAGACCAACCCCAGCCCCCCGUCUGCCGCCUCACUGUCGACAUGAAGCUGUUCACUGCCCUGCAUUUAGUUGUUGGACUCGCCGCUGCAUUGCCCAGCCGCAUCGAGGAGAUCAGAUCAUGGCAGCUUGUCGAGGAGCACACGCAGUCUCUCGAGUCUCGGGCGAGCAGCGAGACGAGAAACGAGCUUCAAGCCGGCGGCACCUGCCCGCCAAUAAUCUUCAUCUACGCUCGUGGAUCGACCGAGGGCGGGAACCUAGGAUCACUGGGUCCAUCUCUCGCGGACGCGCUGGAGUCGGCCUACGGCGCCAGCAAUGUCUGGGUCCAGGGCGUCGGCGGCGCAUACACAGCCGGCCUCCUUGACAACCUCCUCCCAGACGGCACUACCAAGGCGGCCAUCACGGAGAUGAAGAACCUCUUGACCCUCGCCAACACUAAGUGCCCCGAGGCCAAGAUCGUGUCCGGCGGCUACAGCCAGGGUGCCGCCCUCGCCGCCGCGGCCAUCGGCGGCAGCAGCGCCGCCAUCCGCGAGCAGGUCAAGGGCGUCGUGCUCUUCGGCUACACCAAGAACCAGCAGAACGGCGGCAAGAUCCCCAACUACCCCGCGAGCCGCCUCGCUGUGUACUGCGACGCCGGCGACCUCGUCUGCAAGGGCACGCUGCUCGUCACCCCGCAGCAUCUUAUGUACGCCGACGAGGCCAAGGACGAGGCGCCCAAGUUCUUGAUUGCGAGGAUUGCGAGCAGCUGAGGCGGCAGUUGUGUGGACGUGGAUUUAAGGGGUUGGGCUGGG